UUUCAAGUGCAAAAGGACAUUUUACAGAGAAUAUGCAAGACGUUUAUGUAGGAGCUGUAGACCAAGGAACUACCUCAACACGGUUUAUGCUAUUUAAUAAACAAGGGGAACCUAUAGCGUUUCAUCAAGUAGAACAUAAACAGAUAUAUCCACAACCAGGGUGGGUAGAACACGAUCCUGUGGAGAUAAUCAACAACACCAUACUUUGCAUCGACGAGACAGUGAAGAAAUGUCAAGCAAAGGGAAUUCAAACGUCACAAAUCAAAGCGAUUGGCAUAACCAACCAGCGUGAAACCACUGUUGUAUGGGACAAGUACACUGGAAAACCUCUUUUCAAUGCUAUUGUUUGGCUGGAUACGAGAACCAAGGAAACUUGUGAAAAACUGGGAAAGAAUAGAGACCAGUACAGAGAUCUCUGCGGUCUUCCUGUAUCAACUUAUUUUUCAGGAGUUAAGCUUCGUUGGAUAAUAGACAAUGUCCCCGAUGUGAAAGCGGCACUUGAGGAAGGCAGAGCGAUAUUCGGAACGAUUGAUACUUGGUUAGUAUGGAACUUGACAGGACGCCAGGCGCAUGUAACAGAUAUUACAAAUGCUGGAAGAACGCUUUUAAUGAAUAUCGAAAAAUUGCAAUGGGAACCCAAACUAUUACAAGCUUUGGGUAUUCCAAAACAAUGCUUGCCUGAAAUUCGUUCAAGUUCGGAGAGAUAUGGCACACUUGCAUGCUCACUCUUACAAGGUGUUCCUAUCAGUGGAAUCCUUGGCGAUCAACAAGCCGCAUUGGUGGGUCAGACCUGUUUUCGUAAAGGAGAUGCCAAGAAUACAUAUGGUACAGGUUGCUUUUUAAUUGUAAACACUGGAGAAGGCGAAGGACCUGUUCCAUCCAAACAUGGUCUAUUGACUACACCGGGUUAUCAGUUAGGUCCAGACAAGCCUGUUGCCUAUGCUUUGGAAGGCUCCAUUCCUAUAGCAGGUGCAGCAGUUCAGUGGCUUCGUGAUAACUUGCAAAUCAUCAAGACUGCUCCAGAAGUUGAAGAUUUAGCCAAUUCAGUAAAGGAUAGUGGGGAUGUAUUCUUUGUACCAGCAUUUUCUGGCCUAUUUGCUCCUCAUUGGCGUGAAGAUGCCAGAGGUGUUAUUGUGGGUCUUACACAAUACACUACCAAGGCACAUAUUGCUAGAGCCGUAUUGGAAGCCGUAUCUUUUCAAGUUUGUGAUAUUAUUGGUUCUGUAGAGGCAGAUUCAAAAGCUACUAUUAAAGUUUUAAAGGUAGACGGAGGCAUGACGGCUAAUAAUACUUUCUUACAACUACAAUGUGAUUUACUUCAAUGUCCCAUUGUUCGUCCGCAAGUUACCGAAACCACAGUGAUUGGUGCGGCAUUUGCUGCUGGUUUAGCAGAAAAGGUUUGGUCAUCACAAGAAGAGUUGGUAAAACUUUGGAAGGUGGAUAGAGAAUUUUCGACCAAAAUUUCUAUUGAUGAAAGUAGCCGACGUUGGAAGCGUUGGAAACAAGCUCUAGAGCGGAGCUUUGGAUGGAUCUAAUAAAGUCAUUUGUCUGUGUUUUAAAAAUCAUAG